GUCUCCUGCCGGACAGCGAGCUGAUGGUUCUCUUCUAAGAGAGUCACAGUCCAAGAAGCAACAUGAAUUCCCUGGAUGAGGUCCCUUUCCGAGUGACCUCAAGCUUUGUAGAUGAUCCUGAGAGAGAGGCCCAGUUUGUCCACGCGCCGGAAUUUGAGAUGCCCGACUGUGAGGAGAUCCUGAUACGCACGAUGCAUGAUUUCUCACUAGAGAAGAAGGUCCUGUAUUGGAUCGAAUCUUCCUCCCGGCAAGACACUCCCUGGUGCGAAGUCACCACGGACGUUACCCCAACAGCUCCGCCUUGCUGGCUGCUCUUGGUGGACUCUGAAGAAAACAGCCCCGAGACAACCAACAGAGUAAUGGAGGAGACUUUUCCUGGGCAGAAACCUGAGAGUCUGGCCGACAAUGGUGAAGAUGAGCCAAAUGCAAGCAUGAAUGCAGCCCAAUAUUCUGAGGAAGAUACCCAAGGAGAGGCCUCUGCCCCGGCCACCUCCGUAGAAAGCAAACAAAAAGUCCCGCCCGUGUCUCAAGCCAACUAUGUUCCUGGCAGUUUGGCGUGUUUUUUCAACCUUCCCCAGCCGAGACCAAGGACUUCGCCCGUCCCGUCGGCUGCCCCUCCAGAGAGCGGCUGCCCAAAGCCAGUUCUGGUCAAACACAGCCAGUCCGUGCUCUUGGUUAACAGUGUGAAGAACGAGUGGGGAAGAACCAAGGGGAAGCUGGCAUCUCUCCUGCGCCCUUUGAACCAGUCUUCCACGGAACCCAGUUUGGUUUCCAAAGCCUUUUCCCUCCACCAACGCACCCGGAGCUACAGGAACCUGAAAUACAGAUCUGUCUCAAAUGCAUCCUCGGUGGGGACUUUUAAUCCCACCCCUCCAUCUACGCCACGCGGUACCCAGAGACCCCUCACCGCUGCGGGUUCAAUCCCUCCCAUUCAAAUGCACAAGCCCACAGUUGCCGCUCUGAGUCCUUAUCCCUGCCUCCCUCCCACUCCGGGGGCUCGCCCAUCGCUCAGCUCUCACGGAACUCACCCCGACUCGACAGCUGACUUGCUCUCGGCUCUCAGCCAAGAGGAGCGGGAUCUCAUUGAGCCCGUUUUAGCCUUGGGUUACCCACCCCGCAGGGCCAUCCUGGCUCUCCAGAAGACCGGAAGGCAAAGCUUGGGACAGUUUCUCAGUUACCUCAGUGCCUGCGACAAGCUGCUGAAGCAAGGCUACGAAGAAGCGCAAGUGGAAGAAGCCAUGGAAAUGUUUCAGAACCCCGAGAAGGCCGCCGAGUUCCUUCAUCUCCUGGCCCAGUUCAACGACAUGGGCUUCCAGCAAGCGGACAUCAAAGAGGUCCUCCUGCUGUGUGAGAACCAGGGUGACAACGCUCUGGAGGAGCUGAUGACCCGGGCCCAGUGAAUUCCCUUCCGGUCUCCGGAUGGUCCUGGGAAGGGACAGGGCACUCCGCGGCCUGCUGCGGGUCAAACCUGACGUGGAAAUGCACUGAACAUAAGACAAUAAGAGGUGCUUCGUUGGACCGGGCAAAGACCGCCCCAUCCGGCACUCUGUUCCCCACUGUCGAGAGCCAGUUUAUAAGGGAGUUUUAAAGAUAGUUUUAUGAUUCUAUUUUCAAUGGUGUUUAUGACUGUACCCUGCCCAGGGAUUUUGGUGAGGGGAAAUAAGUGUACAGCUGUUGAGAUUUUGCACGUUGUCUGUCACAACUCAGUUAUAAAAGGGUUAACCGAUCGUAUGUAAACAAGUUGCUGGAGUGACUCUUUAUGACCUGGUCUAUUGAUUAGCUGUUGGUCAGUGAGAUAGCCGAUGCUUACAUGCUAGUGAGCACGUACAUCCUGAAGUUAUAAAGUUAGCUCUGUUUGAGCAGAAACGACACCCCCCCCCCCUCCACGACCUCGACCACAGGACAGCGGAUAGGAACCAAGAUGUAGCCAAACGUACAGCAAUGUAGAUGUGUGACAGGAAAGAAAGGAUUUCUUGUUUUAUCUCCAUGUAACCCUCCCUUUAUAGUUAGUAAACUCAUAUAUAAAAA